UGACGGCUGCACGACUCCUACUCCCCGACCUGGAGUCUGCGCAGGAUCCCGAUUGCGAAAUACUCCGAGGAAAGUGCAUGUGCAAGCAGAACUAGAAAAGUGCAUGGAUCUGAGGUGAAGGAUGUCCCGGUAGACUGGAAGAAAAAUAUAUCUACACAAGGAGCCGGAGGCAGGAACUGCAGUGCGCGUCGUUAUUUAGUUUGUUUAUCUACAGAAGUUCUCCUUAGUCUGCAGUCAUGGCUAUCCCGUCGGUAUUUAGUAGGCCUACGCACUUAGUGUUAUUGUUUCAAUGCAUUGCCCUUUACAACGUUUAUGCUGCCCCGUCGCCCAUUAUCAGGUUUCCAGGAGACGACAGCACCCCCGUAACAGACAAAGAAGUUGCUCUGAAAUACUUGAACAAGUUUUACGGAUGCCCUAAAGACAGAUGCAACCUGAUGGUGCUGAAAGACACUCUGAAGGAGAUGCAGAAGUUCUUCAAACUGCCCGAAACAGGAGAGAUCGACUCCAACACGGUGGAGAUCAUGAAGAAACCCCGCUGCGGUGUUCCAGAUGUGGCCAAUUAUAACUUCUUCCACAGGAAGCCCCAGUGGCAGAAGAGCGCCAUCACGUACAGGAUCCUAGGCCACAGCCCCGACCUGGACGAGGAGACCAUCAACGACGCCUUCUACAGGGCCUUCAAGGUGUGGAGCGACGUGACCCCGCUGACCUUCACACGCCUAAUGGACGGAGAGGCAGACAUCAUGAUCAACUUCGGCCGCAACGAGCACGGAGACGGCUAUCCCUUUGACGGUAAAGACGGCCUCCUAGCUCACGCCUUCGCCCCAGGGCCGGGGAUCGGCGGGGACUCCCACUUUGAUGAUGACGAGCAAUGGACCCUAGGGGAUGGCCAAGUGGUGAAGGUCAAGUUCGGCAACGCAGACGGGGAGUUCUGCAAGUUCCCGUUCCUGUUCCAGGGUAAAGAGUACAACUCCUGCACGCCACAGGGCCGGGACGAUGGCUUCCUGUGGUGCUCCACCACCUACGACUUUGACAACGACGCCAAAUAUGGCUUCUGUCCCCAUGAGCUGUUGUUCACCCUGGGGGGCAAUGCCGACGGCGCGCCCUGCAAGUUCCCCUUCACCUUCCAGGGGACCGUUUAUGACGGCUGCACCACCGAGGGCCGCGACGAUGGCUACCGCUGGUGUGGAACCACGGAGGACUACGACCGCGACACCAAGUACGGGUUCUGCCCAGAGACCGCAAUGUCAACGGUCGGGGGGAACUCUGAGGGGAGUCCGUGCGUGUUCCCCUUCACCUUCCUGGGGGACACCUACGAUGCCUGCACCGCCGCCGGCCGCAGCGACGGCAAGAUGUGGUGCGCCUCCACCAAGAGCUACGACGACGACCGCAAGUGGGGCUUCUGUCCCGACCAAGGCUACAGUCUGUUCCUGGUGGCGGCUCAUGAGUUUGGUCACGCCCUAGGCUUGGAGCACUCCCAGGACCCCGGGGCGCUGAUGGCCCCCGUCUACACCUACACCAAGAACUUCAAACUGCCCAACGACGACGUCAAAGGCAUCCAGGAUCUCUACGGAAUCAGGACUGGGGGCAAUCCCCUGCCCCCCACCCAGGGUCCUGUGACCCCCAUGGACAUCUGCUCUGAGCCCGUGGUGUUCGACGCCGUGGCCCAGAUCAGAGGAGAGACCUUCUUCUUCAAGGACAGGUUCCUGUUCAGGUCGGUUAACUUCAGGAGCAAGCCAACAGGCCCAAUGCUGGUGGCCACCUACUGGUCCGACCUGCCAGGCAAGAUCGACGCGGCCUACGAAAACCCUCUGGAGGAGAAGACUGUGUUCUUUGCAGGAGACCAGAUGUGGGUCUACCGGGCGGAGCAGCUGGAGAGCGGCUACCCCAAGAGUAUCACCAGCCUGGACCUGCCCUCCGAUGUGGCGCAGAUCGACGCGGCCUUCAGCUUCAGGAAGAACCAAAAGACCUACCUGUUCAGCGGAGACAAGUUCUGGAGAUAUAACGAGGAGAAAAAGAAGAUGGAUGCCGGCUUCCCUAAACUCAUCGCUGACGCGUGGAACGGCAUCCCCGACGGAAUGGACGCUGCCUUCAGUCUCAACAACAUCGAUUACAGUUACUUCUUCAAGGGCGCCCACUAUUUCAAGUUGGACGACAGUAGCCUGAAGAUCGUGAAGCUGGGCGACAUCGGGAAGGACUGGCUCGGCUGCUAAACACUUGCAUUACGAGCAACCGCCCCUUCCCGCCUUCCAGCCUGCGAUGACCUUUGUUGUCAGGGUGACCCCGGAAUGGCGCGACACACGCACACACAUACGCACACGCACAACGGCCACGAUUUGGCCUGGUAAUUGCAAGGCCACAUGAGAGACAUGUUACCGUCCCGUCCAUAUAACCCUGCCCUUUAGCUUAGUACAACGAAGCUCUCGCCUUCUCUCAUUGGCUUUCCAGGCGACUGGAUAUGUUGUUUAACCGUGUGAUGUCGGCUCCUUGUUUGUUAUGCCGGUGCAUUUUUUAACCCCUGUUUGUUGUUGUUUUGAAUUUGUGAAAUUUUGUUUUUAAGAGGAUAAGACAUCAGGUAUGUCUACGGUACAUUGAUGCUGGCAGUGACGUAUUGUGUGUGACAUUUCGCCGUUGUAUUGCAAAUUAGGUUUUUCUGAAGAAUGUUCCAAACCAUGUGUUUUUGAGAUCCUAAAUCUUUUGAUCUUGUAUGAAGAUGAAUUGGUUUGUUUAGAAGGUGUCAGUAAGUGUUUGUUUCGUUGUUUGUGUAAUGCUUUUGAAAAAAGAAAGAAUUUGCACAAUGUGUUUUGACCGAGAAUGGUGCUUUAGGGAAAUCGCUUCUUACAUAGUCCUGCAUAUAGUUUAUACUCCAGACCAUGUAUCUUAUAAAACUAACUUUUGAUCUGAAUGCCAAAAAAGUUGUAUUCAUAAUCAAUACUUCGUUUGGUUAGCACUUUGUAUAGGACUUUUAAGGAAAUUGAAACAUGGAGACCAAAUUAUUAAAAUGACUGAUUUCGGUAGGCAUAGAUUAGAAGGCACAGGUUGCUUUUACUAGACCUGUAUAGGAUAUUACAAAUGUUUUGUUGUAUAAUGUCUUCAGAGCGCAAGAACUUAAAGAGGAAUCUUUAUUCCAAGCAUUUCCUAUCUUGGGAAAACACCUAACCAGUAUACAUUGUUUUGGUUCUGUUUUGCUUUUGCACUUUGUCAUCAUCAUUAAAGAUGAAUGGUCAACAUAA